UCUAAAAAUUACUUGUCUAAUUCCCACCUCGUCACCUUCUUCAAACAAACCAAAAAAGGAUCAAGUGAUGGUGCAAAUCGAGCAAUACGGACCUUAUGGUUCUCAAUUGCCAGAAACCUUCCGUAUGCAACUUGCAGAAGGUGAACAUAUCUCAGGAUGCUCAGUAAGGCAUGGAUACAUUGUCGAUGCGAUUGCGUUCGUGGUAACUAAGCAUGACGGAAGUACCUACACGGUACAGUUUGGUGGUAAUGGUGGUGAUGAAACAGACAUUAAACUCGUAGCUGGCGAAUACUUGACAAGAUUAAGUGGUACCUACGGGAACUAUGCAGAUCAGAACAAUGAAGUCCUUAUUGGCAAACUCAAGAUACACACCAAUUUAAAUCCCGCGGGAUAUGGACCAUAUGGACAAGGAAGGGAUCUUAUAGAUGCUCAAACUUUUCAUUCUCCUGACCUAACUGAUGGCCCAAUUGUCGGGAUUUUCGGAAGGAACAAUAACUAUCUCGACUCGAUUGGAAUUUUCGUUAGGACUGAGUUUCCAAGUGCUUGAAAGUCUAGCUAUCAGCCAAACUGCAAUGAUCAUGUGCAACAUAUGAAUAAAUCUUGGUGUUUUCACGAGG